AUGCCUCCAUGGAUGUCGUACCUGACUCGUGGUUUCAGCAGUAGUACGACCACACGUUUAUCACACAACCGCGAUCCAAUACAUCAACAACAACAACAGCCGCUUAAACAAGUGGGAGAUUAUGUGCUUGUCAAAACCAUUGGACGUGGCUCCUCGGGUCAUGUUAAACUUGGGAUACACAAAACCACGGGUGAACAUGUAGCCAUCAAAAUGAUCCCACGUCGUCAUCUUCUUUCUUCCGUCACCAUUGCACAAUCGGUAGAGCGAGAAUUAGCCAUCCUUCAACUGAUCCAUCAUCCACAUCUCAUCCAACUCAAACAAGUAUUACAAGAUUCGACAUACGUUUAUUUCAUUACCGAAUAUGCCGAUGGUGGCGAGUUGUAUCAUGCUCUUGCAGGGCGUGGUAGAUUACCUGAAGACGAGACCAAAGCACUUUUUAGUCAGGUGGUAACAGCCUUGGCAUGGUGUCACGCACAUCACAUUUGCCACAGGGAUCUCAAACCCGAAAACAUUUUGCUCGACAAGACCCAUACGCGUAUCAAGAUUGCUGAUUUUGGCAUGGCAACCAUGCAACCAUCCCCAAAUGAUUUGCUUGCUACAAGCUGCGGAUCACCUCAUUAUGCGAGCCCGGAAAUUGUAGUUGGAAAGCCUUACUACGGACCGGCAACCGAUGUAUGGUCAUGUGGGGUCCUGCUCUACGUCCUGUUGACUGGUCAUUUUCCAUUUGAUGAUGAUCACGUUCCAAGAUUGCUAGCAAAGAUUAGAUCAGGACGUAGACGCAAAUUACCUGAAUAUCUAUCGCCCCAUGCCAAACAUCUUGUGCGUAGUAUGCUCACACACGAUCCAUCGAAACGUAUCACGAUGCAACAAGUAUUACAACAUCCAUGGCUAAACAAUAGCAAGCAUCAGCAUCAGCAUUUGAUGAACUAUGAUUGGGAUUUACCAUCAUUGGAUGCUCCUGUAAUCACCAGCACUCAUGCCUUGGAUGGUCGUAUAUGGGAAACGCUCAAAGUCCUUUGGCGUGAUAUGGGCCAGGAAAAAAUCAUUGCUGCACUCAUGGGUCACGGGGACAAUGUUCAAAAGUUGACAUACCAGUUGCUACAACAACGGACGCAGCGUGUCAUGGCAGAAUGCUCACGCGAAGAAAAAGCAAGCAUGGCACCUGUGACACCUCCUACGCCGACAGCUGAAGAUCCACCUCCAUUCAAACGCUCCAUGGCAGCUUCUUUGACAUCGCAAGACGAUAUUGAGGAGAUACUCAUUAGUCGUUGUUUAUCCAAAGGCACUUCAGUCUCAUCAGACGAUCGUUUCAGCUCCUUCUCAGCCAUAAGGAAGACGCAUGAGUUACCACCAACACCUACCCAGGAUACCACCAAGAUCAAUAGUGCUGCAUCAUCCAUCUUGGAUACCGAGGGAUCUACGUUACAAAUAUGCUCGUCUUGUGAUCCAAAUAUGCAAACAUGCACUACCAAAAAGGAACACCAUGUAGGCGAUAUUGCUAUCGGCGGCAGCAAACCACAGCAAUCUUCGGUCUCCUCCUUACAGCAUCAAUGGAUCAUGUCAAUGGUUCCUCGGAAGGGACGCUUACCACAACGCAUCUCUAACAUCUCGAUUGAUGAACAUAUUCGAUCCACCACUGUGCCUGCUUGGGCAUCUACUUUUGCACCCAUCUAUCGAUCCGAUGUCGCAUCAUCAUCAUCUUCAACCCCUGUAUCGCUCCUAUCCUCAGCAACUACUCAGCAACAACAGCAUCUACCAUCAUCACAAAAACAGGAACAGCCUUCAACAUCAACAUCAUCUUCAUCUUUUGAUCGAUCAGCCAUGACAACGAAUCAAGAUGUUCAAUCUCUUUUAUCGCCAUACACAACAAAGAUGUGCCAAUGGCUAUUAGACGUAUGGCUUUGGUGCGAACAUUGGUACUAUCAUUGUCUCAAGCAUACCACAUACAAGAUCUACAGGCUAGAAUGCCAGGCACGACGUGAAUGGGAAGCUGCAGGAAAGCUUCAACAAACACUGCAUGAUUACUUUGAUGGCCGUCUUGAUAGGGCGCAAAAUGGUAUCUGGUCUGGGUCCAUGAUUGCAUGUAAGGAGGAGGAACAACAAAGUAUGGUACCCUUUCGGCGAUCACAGCAAGAAGAGCGGCUUGCAUUCGUAUGUCGCUUUCAGCCACCAGGAGAACACUCCCAUGGCGAAACGACCGUUAUCCAUUUUGUAUUCAUAGCCGGUACGCCUUCCAGCAUUGGAUCCGUGUUACGUUCUCUGACACAGAAAAUGACUGCCUACGAUUCCCAAGCUCGUUAUGUGGCCGAAGCCAAUGGGUGGACCACGCCAUCUACAAAAUCCUGUUGA